UGCCCGCCAGCCAUGGCGGCACCCCAGGUUCUCUUCCUGCUCUGCCUCCUGGCCUUCUGCUUGGCAGGCUCCAGCUUCGUCAGGGGGCAGAAGGUGCGGUCCAAACGCUGUGACAUGAAGACCAAGUUUGUCACUCACAUGCCCUGCACCCCGUGCACUGCUGUCAAGAGGCGGGCUUGUCCCCCAGGCUGGCUUCGGGAGACUUCAGAGAGGAUAUCCGAGAACUGCCGCUACGAGGUGCAGCUGGGGGACUCUUUGGUGUCCAUGAGCGGCUGCAGCCCAGAGUGCUGGAAGGAUGUGGUGCAGAAGGCCUGCUGCCCUGGCUACUGGGGGUCCCAGUGCUAUGAGUGCCCUGGGGGUGCCGAGACCCCAUGCAAUGGCCACGGGAUCUGCCUGGAUGGCAUAGCCAGGAAUGGGACCUGCAUUUGCCAGGAAAACUUCAGCGGCUCAGCCUGCCAGGAGUGCCAAGACCCCAACCGGUUUGGGCCUGACUGUCAAUCAGUGUGCAGCUGUGUGCAUGGUGUGUGCAGCCAUGGGCCACGUGGGGAUGGAAGCUGCCUGUGCUUUGCUGGUUACACUGGCCCCCACUGUGACCAAGAGCUACCGGUCUGCCAGGCCCUGGGCUGUCCUCAGAACUCCCAGUGUUCUGCAGAAGCCCCCACCUGCAGGUGCCUGCCAGGCUACACCUGGCAGGGCAGCGAAUGCCGAGCUCCCCACCCCUGUAAGCCAUCACCCUGCUACCCACUGGCCCAGUGCUCGGUGAGCCCCAAUGGGCAGGCUCAGUGUCACUGCCCUGAAAACUACCAUGGCGAUGGGACGGUGUGUCUGCCUCAGGACCCGUGCACCAGCAACCUGGGUGGCUGCCCCAGCAACUCUACCUUAUGUCUGUACCAGAAGCCAGGCAAGGCCUCCUGCUUGUGCCAGCCAGGCCUGGUCAGCAUCAACAACAAUGCCUCUGCGGGCUGCUUCGCCUUCUGCUUCCCCCACUCCUGCGACCAGUCAGCCACCUGCCAGGUGACCCCUGAUGGGAAGACCAGCUGUGUGUGCAAGGAGGGCGAGGUGGGGGAUGGGCGUGCCUGCUACGGACACCUGCUCCACGAGGUGCAGAAGGCCAGACAGACAGGCCUGGUAUUCCUGCGGCUGAGAGUUGCUGUCGCCAUGCUGGACCAGGGCUGCCGGGAGAUCCUCACCACAUCGGGCCCGUUCACCGUGCUGGUGCCAUCCACCUCCUUCAUCUCCUCCACCUUCUCUACCUCCUCCCUCUCUUCCAGGACCAUGAAUGCCUCCCUUGCCCAGCAGCUCUGCAGACAGCACAUCAUCGCAGGGCAGCAUGUACUGGAGGACACUGGAGCCCAGAAUACACGCAGGUGGUGGACGCUGGCGGGGCAGGAGAUCACUGUCACCUUCAACCGCUUUAUGAAAUACGCCUACAAGUACAAAGACCUGCCCCAGCAGACAUUCACCAUCCACAGGGCCAACUACAUAGCGGCCAAUGGAGUCUUCCAUGUGGUCACUGACCUGCGGUGGCAGCCUCCAUCCGGGCUCCUUGGGGACCCUGGGAGAACUAUUGGCCAGAUCCUCGCCUCUACGGACGCCUUCAGCCGGUUUGAAACCAUCCUGGAGAACUGUGGGCUGCCCUCCAUCCUGGACGGGCCUGGGCCAUUCACAGUCUUUGCUCCAAGCAAUGAGGCUGUGGACAGCUUGCGUGACGGCCGCCUGAUCUACCUCUUCACAGUCGGUCUCUCCAAACUGCAGGAGUUAGUGAGGUACCACCUCUACAGCCAUGGCCGGCUGACCAUUGAGAAGCUCAUCUCCAAGGGUCGGGUCCUCACCAUGGCAAACCAGGUCCUGGCUGUGAAUAUCUCCGAGGAGGGGCGCAUCCUGCUGGGACCUGACGGGGUCCCGCUGCGGAGAGUGGACGUGCUGGCCGCCAACGGUGUGAUCCAUAUGCUGGAGGGCAUCCUGUUGCCCCCGACCAUCCUGCCCAUCCUGCCCAAGCACUGCAACGAGGAGCAGCACAAGAUCGUGGUGGGCUCUUGUGUGGACUGUCAAGUCCUGAACACCAGCACGUGUCCCCCCAACAGCGUGAAGCUGGACCUCUCCCCCAGGGAGUGUGUCUACAUCCAUGACCCUAGUGGACUCAACGUUCUGAAGAAGGGUUGUGCUGGCUACUGCAACCAGACCAUCACGAAACUUGGAUGCUGCAAAGGGUUUUUUGGGCCUGACUGCACACAGUGUCCUGGGGGCUUCUCCAACCCCUGCUACGGCAAAGGCAAUUGCAGCGAUGGGGUCCAGGGCAACGGGGCCUGCCACUGCUUCCCAGACUACAAGGGCAUCGCCUGUCAUAUCUGCUCCAAUCCAAACAAGCAUGGAGACCAGUGCCAGGAAGACUGCGGCUGUGUUCAUGGUCUAUGUGACAAUCGUCCAGGCAGUGGGGGUGUGUGCCAGCAUGGCACUUGUGCCCCUGGCUUCAGCGGCCGCUUCUGCAACGAGUCCAUAGGGGACUGUGAGCCCAUGGGGCUGGCCCAGCACUGCCACCAGCAUGCCCGCUGCAUUAGCCAGGGAGGUGUCGCCAGAUGUCUCUGUCUCGAUGGCUUCGAGGGCAAUGGUUUCUCCUGCACACCCAGCAACCCCUGCUCCCACCCAGACCGUGGUGGCUGCUCAGAGAACGCUCAGUGUGUCCCUGGGGCCCUGGGCACCCACCACUGUACAUGCCACAAAGGCUGGAGUGGCGACGGUCGUGUUUGUGUGGCCAUCGAUGAGUGUGAGCUGGAUACACGAGGCGGCUGCCAUGCCAAUGCCCUCUGCAGCUAUGUGGGACCCGGGCAGAGCCGGUGCACCUGCAAGCUGGGCUUUGCUGGGGACGGCUACCAGUGCAGUCCCAUCGACCCCUGCCGGGCAGGCAAUGGUGGCUGCCAUGACCUGAGGAUCUGGGUGCAGAAUGCCAGCGUGGAUGUGGCUGACCUCCUUGCCACCAACGGUGUCCUACACAUCCUCAGUCAGGUCUUACUGCCCCCACGAGGGGACCUGCAGGGCGGGCCAGGGUUGCUCCAGCAGCUGGACUUGGUGCCUGCCUUCCGCCUCUUCCGGGAGCUACUGCAGCGCCACAGGUUGGUGUCCCAGAUUGAGGCUGCCACUGCCUACACCAUUUUUGUGCCCACAAACCGCUCCCUGGAGGCUCAGGGCAACAGCAGCAGCCUGGAUGCAGGCACAGUGCAGCACCACGUGAUCCUGGGAGAGGCACUCUCCAUGAAAGCCCUGCAGAGGGGGGGGCACCGCAACUCCUUCCUAGGCCCUGCUCACUGGCUGGUCUUCUACAACCACAGCGGCCAGCUUGAGGUGAACCACCUGCCUCUGGAAGGCCCCAUGCUGGAGGCCCCUGGCCGUUCCCUGUUUGGCCUGUCAGGGGUCCUGACGGUGAGCUCAAGCCGCUGCCUGCGUAGCCACGCCGAGGCCCUGCGGGAGAAAUGCACGAACUGCACCCGGAAAGUCCGCUGCACUCAGGGCUUCCAGCUGCAGAACACACCCAGGAAGAGCUGUGUCUACCAAUCUGGCUUCUCGUUCUCCCUGGGCUGCUCUUACACAUGUGCCAAGAAAAUCCAGGUGCUCGACUGCUGUUCCGGCUUCUUUGGCACACUGUGUGAGCCAUGCCCAGGGGGUCUUGGUGGUGUGUGCUCAGGCCACGGGCAGUGCCAGGACAGGCUCCUGGGCAGUGGGGAGUGCCACUGUAAUGAGGGCUUCCAUGGAACAGCCUGUGAGAUGUGCGAGCUGGGCCGCUAUGGGCCCAACUGCACUGGAGUGUGUGACUGUGCUCACGGGCUGUGCCAGGAGGGGCUGCAAGGGGACGGAAGCUGUGUCUGUAACGUGGGCUGGCAGGGCCUCCACUGUGACCAGAAAAUAAUUGGCCCUCAGUGCCCCAAGAAGUGCGACCCCAAUGCCAACUGCAUACAGGACUUGGCUGGAGCCUCCACCUGUGUCUGUGCUGCGGGAUACUCGGGCAAUGGCACCUACUGCUCAGAGGUGGACCCUUGUGCCCAUAGCCAUGGGGGCUGCUCCCCCUAUGCUAACUGCACCAAGGUGGCACCCGGGCAGCGGACAUGCACCUGCCAGGAUGGCUACAUGGGCGAUGGGGAACUGUGCCAAGAAAUUAACAGCUGUCUCAUACGCCACGGAGGGUGCCACAUUCAUGCCGAGUGCAUCCCCAUAGACCCCCUGCAGGUCUCCUGCAGCUGCCGCAAGGGUUACAGUGGGGAUGGCAUCCGGACCUGUGAGCUCCUGGACCCCUGCUCCCAGAACAAUGGAGGCUGCAGCCCCUAUGCUGUGUGCAAAAGCACGGGGGAUGGCGAGAGGACAUGCACCUGUGACACAGCCCACACCGUGGGAGACGGCUUCACCUGCCGUGCCCGACUCAGCCUGGAGCUCCUUCGAGACAAGCAGGCCUCAUUCUUCAGCCUUUUCCACGUGGAAUACAAGGAGCUCAAGGGUGAUGGGCCUUUCACAAUCUUCCUUCCGCAAGCAGAUCUAAUGACCAAUCUGUCACAGGAAGAGCUGGCCCGGAUUCGCGCACAUCGCCAGCUGGUGUUUCGCUACCACGUGGUCGGCUGCCGGCGGCUGCUGAGCCAGGAGCUGCUGGACCAGGGGUAUGCCACGGCGCUCUCCGGGCACCCGCUGCGCUUCAGCGAGAGGGAGGGCAACAUAUACCUCAAUGACUUCGCCCGGGUGGUGAGCAGCGACCACGAGGCUGUGAACGGCGUCCUGCACUUCAUUGACCGUGUCCUGCUGCCGCCCGACGUGCUACACUGGGAGCCUGACACUGCCCCAAUCCCGCGGAGAAACGUCACCGCCGCCGCCGAAAGCUUCGGUUACAAGAUCUUCAGCGGCCUUGUGAAGGUGGCUGGCCUCCUGCCCCUCUUUCGAGAUGCAUCCCAUAGGCCCCUCACAAUGCUGUGGCCUACAGACUCUGCCCUGCAAGCCCUGCCUCCCGAUCGCCAGGCCUGGUUGUACCAUGAGGACCACCGUGACAAGCUGACAGCCAUUCUUCGGGGCCAUGUGAUCCGCAAUAUUGAGGCCUUAGCAUCUGACCUGCCUAACCUGGGCCCACUCCGAACCAUGCAUGGGACUCCCAUCUCCUUCUCCUGCAGCCGCACCCGGCCCGGUGAGCUCAUGGUGGGUGAGGAUGAGGCCCGCAUUGUGCAGCGACACCUGCCCUUUCAGGGUGGCCUGGCUUAUGGCAUCGACCAGCUGCUGGAGCCACCUGGCCUUGGGGCCCGCUGUGAUCUCUUUGAGAAAAGGCCACUGUGGCUGAAGAUUUGCAGCAUCUGCGGGUUGGAGCCUCCAUGUCCUGAGGGAUCACGGGAGCAGGGCAGCCCUGAGGCCUGCUGGCGCUACUACUCUAAAUUCUGGACGUCCCCUCCUCUGCACUCCUUGGCACUACGCAGCAUCUGGGGCCGGCCCAGCCUCUGGGGGCAGCCCCAAGGUCUGGGCAGGGGCUGCUACCGCAACUGUGUCACCACCACCUGGAAGCCCAACUGCUGCCCUGGUCACUAUGGCAGUGAGUGCCAAGCUUGCCCUGGAGGCCCCAGCAGCCCCUGUAGUGGCCAUGGUGUGUGCCUGGACGGCAUGAGCGGCAGUGGGCAGUGUAGAUGUCAUUCGGGUUUUGCCGGGACAGCCUGUGAACUCUGUGUGCCUGGUGCCUUUGGACCCAAAUGCCGAGCCUGCCGCUGCACCACCCAUGGCCGCUGUGAUGAGGGCCUUGGGGGCUCUGGCUCCUGCUUCUGUGAUGAAGGCUGGACUGGGCCACGCUGUGAGGUGCAGCUGGAGCUGCAGCCUGUGUGUCUGCCACCUUGUGCACCCCAGGCCAUGUGCCGUGUGGGCAACAGCUGCGAGUGCAGCCUGGGCUAUGAAGGGGAUGGCCGUGUGUGCACAGUGGUGGACCUGUGCCAGCAUGGGCAUGGUGGCUGCAGUGAGCACGCCAACUGCAGCCAGGUCGGCACAGUGGUCACCUGUGCCUGCCUUCCUGACUAUGAGGGCGAUGGCUGGAGCUGCCGGGCUCGCAACCCCUGUGCAGACAGCCACCGUGGGGGCUGCAGUGAGCAUGCUGACUGCCUGAGCACCGGUCCGAACACGCGGCGCUGUGAGUGCCAUGCAGGCUACGUGGGUGAUGGACUACAGUGUCUGGAGGAGCCCGAGCCACCUGUGGACCGCUGCCUGGGCCAGCCACCACCCUGCCAUGCGGACGCUGUGUGUGUGGAUCUGCACUUCCAGGAGAAACGGGCUGGUGUCUUCCACCUCCAGGCCACCAGUGGUCCUUAUGGCCUGAACUUCUCAGAGGCAGAGGCGGCAUGUGGGGCCCAGGGAGCUGUCCUUGCUUCACUCCCUCAGCUCUCUGCUGCCCAGCAGCUGGGCUUCCACCUGUGCCUCGUGGGCUGGCUGGCCAAUGGCUCUGCUGCCCACCCCGUCGUUUUUCCUGCGGCAGACUGUGGUGAUGGUCAGGUGGGUGUAGUCAGCAAAGGAGUCCGCGAGAACCUCUCGGAGCGCUGGGAUGCCUACUGCUACCGAGUGCAAGACGUGGUCUGCCGAUGCCGAGACGGCUUCGUGGGUGAUGGGAUCAGUGUGUGCAACGGGAAGCUGCUCGAUGUGCUGGCUGCCACUGCCAACUUCUCCACCUUUUAUGGGAUGCUGCUGGGCUAUGCCAAUGCCACCCAGCGGGGUCUUGACUUCCUGGACUUCCUAGAUGACGAGCUUACCUACAAGACACUCUUUGUCCCUGUCAAUGAAGGCUUUGUGGACAACAUGACGCUGACUGGCCCAGACCUGGAGUUACAUGCCUCCAACACCACCUUCCUGAGCACCAACAUCAGCCAGGGGGCCUUGAUCCCUGCCCACUCAGGACUCAGCCUCGUCAUCAGUGACAUAGGCCCUGACAAUAGUUCUAGGGCCCCUGUGGCCCCAGGGGCAGUUGUGGUUAGCUGCGUCAUCACAUGGGACAUUGUGGCCUUCAAUGGCAUCAUCCAUGCUCUGGCCAGCCCCCUGCUGGCACCCCCACAGCCUGUGAUGCUGGCACCUGAAGUCCCACCUGUGGCAGCAGGUGCAGGGGCUGUGGUAGCUGCUGGAGCACUGCUGGGCCUUGUGGCGGGAGUCCUCUACCUCCGUGCCCGAGGCAAACCCACAGGCUUUGGUUUUUCCACCUUCCGGGCGGAAAGUGAUCCUGAUGACGACUUCUCCCCAUGGCAAGGAGGGACCAGCCCAACCCUGGUCUCUGUCCCCAACCCCAUCUUUGGCAGCCAUGAUGCCUUUUGUGAGCCCUUUGACGACUCGCUCCUGGAGGAGGAGUUCCCUGACACCCAGAGGAUCCUGGCAGUCAAGUGAUGUGGCUGAGGCUGAAGCAGAGACAUAUGCAGGAAGGAGGCCACUUUUAUUGCUUGCCUGGACGGACGCCCAGUGUGGACAGGGUGGGAGGGGCUGGGACCUGUCCCAGACAAUAAAGGUGCCCUCAGCGGAUGUGGGCCAUGUCACCGAGGAAGGGUGUCUUCAUGCAGCCAGUGCACAGCUGGUCCAUCCAGAGGGGUGCCUCAUGCUG